CCUCAGUUAAAGGAGCAAAGCAGUUUGCUAAAGCUUUUGCAGAUGUAUUAGCUAUAAUCUCUCAAGACGAUAAAUCUAAAAUUGGUAUUGGAAUACUCACAGUAAGUAAAACCUUCUAUACCUUACAAUCGAUUACUGAACCAGUUAGAGUAGCAGACCAUGAUUUUCCUUGUGGAAACAAUCAAAA